GUAAACAAAUUAAGGCGGCAUAAAUAUCUAUUCUCAAAAUAAAAUCUUUUAUAUUCUCGAGUUCAAGAGCAAAUUUAAUAUUUUAAAUGGCCAAUAUUACUGGUAUUCCUGAUAAGUUAUGGCAGCCUUCAAUAAUAACUAUUGAUACAAGUCUGGGAGAAUUCUCAAUAGAGCUUUAUUGGAAACAUGCUCCAAACACUUGCAGAAAUUUUGCAGAAUUGUCUCGCAGAGGUUACUACAAUAACACAGUUUUCCACAGAAUUAUAUCUGAUUUUAUGAUACAAGGAGGUGACCCAACAGGAACUGGAAGAGGAGGUAACUCUAUUUAUGGAAAAGAAUUUGUAGAUGAAAUACACCCAGACCUUAGGCAUUCAGGAGCUGGUAUAAUAUCAAUGGCAAAUAGUGGCCCAAACACAAACCUUUCGCAGUUUUUCAUAACACUUUCACCAACUCAACACCUGGAUGGAAAACAUACAAUUUUUGGACGUGUUUAUAGUGGAAUGGGAGUUAUUAAAAGACUCGGAAAUGUUGACACUAAUAGAGAUGAUCGUCCAAUCGAAGAAAACAUAAUGGCUGCAAGAGAACCAGUAAAAAGAAUUAUCCAACAAGUACGUCCCAUACUCUCUGUUGAUAGGGAGGAAGCACGACAACGAGUGAUUAACUUGUAUAAAGCUUGGCAUCGAACAGCUCCUUUUAUUGUUGAGAAGUUCGAUAUACCGAAAUCUGUGCCACAAGUUCGUCAAAAAUUAAAAGAAGAGUUUCUUAAAAACAAAGAUGUGUCUGAUGUUAGAGUUAUUGACAUGUUGGUAAUAAAAGGGCAAAUGGAACUCAAGGAGACCACCAAGAUAUGGAAACAGAAAGGUCAUAUCAUGAGAUAUUGGCAGGAGUCCAUUGAACCUAAAUCUAAUGACUUUCUUUCAAAAUUCAUGUCUGGUCAUAAUUAAAUUCUGGAAUGAAAUUGAAACUACCUAGAUACAUAAUAAAAACUGUGCGCAUUAAAAGCGUUGUUGAGAAAUAAAAACAUUAUUCAAAGAAAAUUUAAUUUAUUCUUCAAAAAUUGAGUAAAAACAUUUUUGUAGUAGUCAACUGUUCGAUGAUUGCUUGAACCAACUAUAAACAACAUAAUUAAAUAUAAAACCACUGACA